AUGGGUACUCAAUUUUCGUAUUGCAUCACCCUCCUCCUUCUCAUCAUUGCCAAAGGGGUCACCGGAGCCACAUUCACAUUCACAAACAAGUGUGACUUCACAGUAUGGCCAGGAAUUCUAGCCAGCGCAGGCAGCCCCAAGCUGGACAGCACCGGCUUUGAGCUCGCCAAAGGCAGCUCCCGCUCCUUCCAAGCCCCGACAGGCUGGUCCGGCCGCUUCUGGGGCCGAACCGGCUGCAACUUCGACGGUUCCGGCCACGGCUCAUGUUCGACCGGCGACUGCGGUUCGGGCCAGCUCGAGUGCAACGGAGCUGGAGCUGCACCGCCAGCCACUCUAGCCGAGUUCACACUCGGCUCGGGUUCUCAAGACUUCUAUGACGUCAGCCUGGUUGACGGUUAUAACUUACCUAUGAUCGUUGAAGGGAGCGGGGGAUCCGGUACGUGCGCGUCCACGGGCUGCGCUACGGACCUCAACCGUCGGUGCCCCGCCGAGCUCAAAGUCGAAGGCGGCGGCGCGUGCAAGAGCGCAUGCGACGCGUUUGGGAGCCCGGAGUACUGUUGCAACGGCGAGUAUGGGUCACCCUCCACGUGUAAGCCGUCCAUGUACUCGCAGCUGUUUAAGUCCGCGUGCCCCAAAUCGUACAGCUACGCUUACGACGAUGCAUCCAGUACGUUUACGUGUACGGGUGCCGACUAUACGAUCACAUUUUGCGCUUCUCUUCUCCCAAGUGUAAAAUCCGCAACAGAUUCCCCUUCACAAACAACUGAUGGUUCAGGGUCGGAUUCCGGGUCGGACUUACUUGCCUCAUCAUUGCUUGCAGAUUUGGCCGCAGGGGAUUCAACAAGAACCCAACCUUCCAUGGCUCUCCGAAGCAUGUUGGUUUUGGUCAUCUCUUUGGUCCUCUCAUUUUCACAGUUAUCGUAG